AACGUGAUCGGUGCUAAUUUAUAUGUAUUUCGUAUACGAAUUCUCAUAAGUCGGAUAAUCCAAAACGCAAAUCUCACACAAAUUGCAAAACAACCCAAAAGGCAAUGGAAACGGUAAUGGAAGACGAAGAGUACAAUUGGAGCGAAGUGAAGCUUCAUUCUCUCAUACCCGUAGUGCCGGAGCCGGAGCCGGAGCUGGAUAGGGAAACCGGCGAACGACGUCGCGGCCGUGACAUAAUGAUCGCUAUAGAUCACGGCCCUAACAGCAAACACGCUUUUGAUUGGGCCAUUACUCACCUUUGCCGUCUCGCCGAUACAAUUCAUCUCGUUCACGCCGUCUCCAGUCUGAGAAAUGAAAUUGUCUAUGAGGCUACACAGGGACUCAUGGAGAAGCUUGCUGUUGAGGCUUUUUCGGUCGCCAUGGUGAAGACAGUGGCUAGGAUUGUGGAAGGAGAUGCUGGAAAGGUAAUUUGCAAGGAAGCAGAAAGGUUGAAGCCUUCAGCUGUGGUUAUGGGAACCAGGGGACGUGGCAUAAUCCAAAGUGUACUGCAAGGAAGUGUCGCUGAGUAUUGCUUACACAACUGUAAGAUUGCACCAGUCGUCAUAGUUCCUGGAAAAGAAGCUGGGGAAGCCUCUGUGAUUUAAUGGAACUUUCAAAUUUUGGGGAACUUACUCUGAAGUGAUGUCCAUCCAAGUAAUGCUGAUUUGUAUGAUAUUGUGGCAGCAGCUGUAUUACUAGUGGCAGGUUCUUCCUUUAUAAUGUCUGUGUUUAUAUAAAAAGCUUAUGCUAUCAUUGAUGUAAAUUAUUUUUAUCUGGUUUUAAAUUACAACAACAACAAUAACAACCCAGUUAAAUUGUGUUUAUUUUAUGUAUAUUCAGUAUUUAAGUUUGUUUAUAAUACCAAUUUAUAUUGUGAAUA